ACCUGCAUGGCUACAUAUAACGACAAUAUAAAAACAAAAAGUUUCAGUGAAGAGCAACGUUCUACUGACACCCACAGUUACACACAUUUAUACCAUAAAGCUGCGUUUUAGUAAUGUUCAGUUGGCUGAACAUGGCUGUGAGACGUUAGACACAUGUAGAAUCACUUGGUGGCCACACCCAUCUCAUUACAGAUAACCAGGGUCAAAGUACCUUGAUUAAGGACUUUGACUGUGCAGCUUCCUUUACUGCAGUGAGACCAUCGCUGAGGCACAAAACAGGGCACAUUGAGGUUGAAUAUUGGAGGCUCAAGAAUCAAUCCUUGGGGGACUCCCUGCAUCAACCUGGUUUAACCUAUAAUUUCCAGUGGCAAAAACAUAGCCUUCCAAACUGUAUCAGCUGAGAACUUCAUGAUGCACCUGAAGAAGAGGCUGUCUAAAUCUGGGCUGACUGCUCUCAGUGUUUCAGUCUUCUUUCACAGUGCUGUCCUUCUUCUCCUGACACACUGCUGUGGAGGUCAGUCUCAGGUAGUUGGACCACUCCAGCCAGUAAUCGUGACGCUCGGUGAGGACGUAAUUUUGCCAUGCCGUCUGGAACCAGCUGUUGACGCUGCAGGCAUGACGUUUGAGUGGGCGAGACCUGAUUUGAACCCCAGAUUUGUCCAUGUGUGGCACGAACAUCAAAACCUUCAUGUUAACCAACAUCCAUCCUACAAAGGAAGAACAUCAGUGUCUGUUAACCAACUGAAGCAGGGAGACGUUUCACUGAAACUUUCCAAAGUCAAACUCUCUGACAGGGGAACAUACAGGUGUUACUUUCCAGAUUUGGAUAAAGACUCAGCUGUUCAGCUUAUUGUUGGGACUGCUUCCCAGGCUGUCAUCAGUUUAGCAGGAAUCGACAGAUCCUCCAGUGGAGUGGUGUUACAGUGUGAGUCUGCAGGCUGGCAUCCAGAGCCUGAGGUGUUGUGGCUGGACGGUGAGGGAAAGCUCCUCUCUGCUGGACCUACAGAGACAGUCAGAGGUCCUGAUGACCUCUAUACUGUCAGCAGCAGAGUGACUGUGGAGAAGAGACACAGCAACAGCUUCACCUGUAAAGUCCAACAGAGGAACAUCAAACAGGCCAGAGAGACACACAUCCAGGUUCCAGAUGAUCUCUUUGAGGCCCCGUGUAGUUCUGCAGCCUGUAUCAGCAUCAGUUUGGUUGCUUGCUUCAUUUGUGUUGCUGCAGUUGGUUUUGCUGCAUGGAAAUGGAGACAGAACAAAAUCAACACCAAGAUGACCUCACAAACAGAAGCACAGCGGCUCAUGGCAGAGAGCAAACAAAUGAAGGACACUGAGAAGAAAAUGGAGGACAUUGCUGAAGAACUACAGAGGAAAGAGGAAGAACAUAAAAACAUGGUGGAUGCACUGAUGAAACAGAAGGAGGAACUGAAGGAGCAGAGAGAUAAACUGUAUGAUCAAAAGAUAAAGAUGGAGGAACUGGUGGAGGACAGUGAGACAAAGCUUCAGUCAGUGGAGAGAGAUUUAAGAGAGAAGGAUGAAGAUAAAGGAUUCAUCAGUUCACCAGGAUUCAUAAAGCUCAAAGAAAUAAUCUCUCAGAACAAAUGGAGCCUGGAUAACAGACUGACGGAACUUAACAAACUGGUGCUGGACACUGAGAAACUGUUGCUGAUGACAGAAGGUGUGAUUGUUAGAACAACAGAAAAGAAGAGGGAGCCAGAGAACCACAUGGACAAAACAUAACAUGGUGUUAAGGAGCAGGUAAAGAGUGUUUUACUAUCAACACUCGCACAGUUUCUGUACAAGCCUGAACCACAGCAGCAGUUUUGGGCCUGAGCCUGAAUAAAAAACCCAAAUUUCUACUGUUAGGAAAAAAAAAAACCAUCAUUGGCUCACAGACAACAGGUUCUGCAUUAUGGGCUGCACCCUCAGUGCGUCUCCGUCUUCAAGUGUGCACGGUGGUCCCCGCACAGAUAAUGAUCACUGCUCUCUGCUGUAUGUUACACUAAACAUCUCUCCCACUGCUGGAGAUGCAGAGCCAAAUACUGCCAAACAAGUGCCCUUGCAGACCCUCUCUCUCUCUGACUCUCUCUCUUUUUCCGUCCCUCUUGUGCACAUCAAGAACUUCCACUUUCAUUGAAAACAAAAAGGCGAGAACUCGACCCAAAUCAAUCCUUGUGGAAUACUGGGAAACUCAUUUAAAUGUAUCGAACUGAAAUAUUCUAUAAUGUUUUGUGAAAGAAAAAACCUGCUUUCAAUUUUAUAUUUUUGAACUUAACAUCUCUUCCACUCAUGUUGUCUUCUUUCAGGAUACUGUGUAAUAUUAUAGAAACAGAGUCCUUCACUGUAUCACACCAAUACAACGCAGUGUGUGAUGUGUUGUUAAACUUUUUUUUAAAAAUCUGUCUACAUUUAGUGUUUCUCACCAAAACAAACUGUGUGUAGUGUGUUGCUGA